GGAUUUUGGAAGAGACGAGAGGGCGUACAUUGGAGAGAGGAACAGCCGGAGGCAUAUCAUCGUUCCAGCGCUGAGUACAUCUCCGCCCGUUACACCACUGAUGACCUAUGGGGCGACGGCUAUUCUUGACUCAGAUCUUUUUUAUGUGCGGCCAUGGGACUCUGGGCAUGGGCGACAGCUUCGAUCCGGUCACCAACCGAUCCAAAACCCGUUGCCUCGACCACCUCGGCACAGCCUUAACUACAAGUCAUGGCGCGUCUACGACCAUCAUCACCUUUGCUCUUAACACCCACGUUUACGGUUCACCUACAGUUCAGGGUGACGCCGAACCGGUUGCCUUGCUGGAUAUGUUUGCGAUCAUUCGCCGGCUCGACGAGACCGUGCCCUUGCUACCACCGCUGAACAUAUGUCACCCACGCCCCCUGCCUUCUGGCCUACCGAGGCUACUCGUGUUUCCAAGCUGUGCCAACCCCACCCUUAUGCCGACACUAGUUUUUGCCACCAGCCACAAAACAGAUCAACGACAGACGACAGACCACCAUGCAGCCCUCACCCACCGACGGGAACAAGUGUGACCAGGAUACGCCAAGAGCAACCUUGGUCACCGAUGCCUUAUCUCUCACCUGCACACGUCGCUUGCCUUGUGCCCUGUGGAUAUCUGGUUCCGGCAUGUCACCUUGGAGCGCUUUGCACUUGUUCUUAAAGGCUCAUCUCGCCGGCAUAUUGCCUCUUUUGGCCCCUCCCCUUUUGUCUCUCUUUCUUUCUUGAUUCUUCGUACAUCACUAAUUCAGGUACUCUGGCAGUCGACCUUUUCCUUUUCUCUUGUGACAUUCUUUCAUAUUCAUCACACGCCUAGACGGCACUCUACGGGGUAUACUCACAUUCGACCCAAACCGGCAGGCCCGACUUCCCCUCGUCCCUUACUCAUUCAAAGCUACACCUCGCGACGAUGCCGGCCAUCACCCUUCUCCUACCCCUUCUCGCUCUCUUCACUCUCCCCUCCCUCCCUACCACCAGCGCCCAAGAUGUCCUCGGGCUCAGUACACCCUCCCCAGCUUCAUCCCUGCCCGACGACUCGGCUUCUCCCUCGCCAACUGCUCCUCCCACUGCGUCAGCUACCGAUAGCGCGUCUGAUAGCGGCAGCGCGACGACAGAGUUUGUGAUGCCCACCCCCAUGGCGGCGCAUGAAGUUUAUACGAGCAAGGAAGGGGAUACUUGUGGGAGUUGGGGAUGUGGGGAAGAGAUGAAGUCUGACGACGCAUCAAAGUACUACCCCGCCGUUUCUUCCUGGGCCUACUCUUCUAUGGCGUGCGGAUAUGGGUACUACAAGAAUGCCGACUCGUCCAAGUGUGAGAAGGGCAGUUGGUAUAGCAUGGACGGGUGUUACGAGACUACCAUCAUCCAGCAGACGACUUCUAUCAUUGAGGAUUGCUAUGCGUCUACCGAGACCAAGACUGUCACCGAGACCAAGGAGUCUGUGUCUACUAUGACGGUCAACAACACUGUCACAGAGACAAUGAAGGAGACUAUGACGGUCACGGCAACCGCUACUUCUACCCAAGUGGAAGCUACCACCGCUCGGGAGACUGAAGUCCGCAAUGUCACCCAGACGCAGGAGAAGACUGUCAAGGAGACCGAGGUCCAGACGUCGUUGGUCCAGAAGAACUCCACCGUCACAGCGACCAAGACCGACGUUGUCAAGCAGACCGAAACGGCUACUUCUUUGGUCACCAAGAACUCGACUGUUACGGCUACCGAGACGGACAAGGAGACUGUCAAGAAGACCGACACUGCCACGGCCACCGUCGUCAACAAUUCCACCAUCACAAAGACCGACGAUGAGACGAUCAAAGAGACCGCAACGCUCAAUGUGACCCAGACCAAAGAAGUCGAUGUCACCAAGACCAAAAUAGACGUACAAACUUCUACCCAAAAAGAGACGCAACAGGUCACCCAAAAUCAAACCAUCGACAAGACUAUCAAAGAAACUGCAACGCUCACGGCUACUGCUACAGAAGUAAAGAACCAGACUUUGACGGCAACCCAGAAAGAGACCGCAACGGAGGAAGUCAACGUCACCCAGACCGCUGUCCAGACACAAACAAAGACGGUCAACUCUAUCUCUGUCAACAAUGUCACCGCCACAGCUACGGCCACUGCCACCCUCAAAGAGACGGUCAGCCAAAACGUCACCCAGCUUCAGACCAGUACCGUCGAAAAAACGCUGGUAUCUACCGCCACCGCCACCGCCACAAAGACCGAAAUCGAGACCGAGACCGAAACGUCCACCGCCGACUCUACAGCCCUCUCCAGCUGCCAAGCCAGCUGUUCCUACAAAUGGUUCAUGGCCACUGCUAGCUCCAAAUCAUCCUCCUCCGACGAUUCGAGCUAUGGUUCAUCGUACGAUUCCAGCUCUGACAGUUCGUCUUACGACAACUCGUCCGACUCGAAAGAUGGGAGCUCGUACUAUAAGCGGAGUAGUGCAGCUGGGGCGGGCAAGGUGAAGAAGGGGAAGAGGGGUCCGAUGGCUACUGCUCGACACCGACGGUCUGGUGGGGUCUUCUAAGUCCUCAGCUCUCAAGAUCUCAAACGCACUAUGUCAACGACUAGUUUUUGAAUAUACCCAGGUCUGCUUUCGUUUAGUAACACCAUAGUAUAAUCGACUUUUCCAUACACACAUAAGAAGUCUGCUUAUUUCCCAAGUCCUCUCUAUAAUGAGCUUUCUAUCUUCUCAUAUGCAUAACCCCCUAUCCAUC